CUUCCUCUUGUGAAAAUGGAGCUCACACAUGGGCUUGGUUAUGUGCUUCAUAGUAGGGCAUUUAUUUUCAAAACAUUGCAUUAGCUUUACAAAAAUCCUUAAUAUUAUACUUAAACUUUCGACUGUUAGUGACCGAAUGAAAAUGAAAGCAUCGUGUCUUUUCCUCUACAACUGGGUCUUUUAGCGUAUGGACAGCUAGCAUUACAAAAACAAGCGUUAACGUGCCUGUUCCAUGAGCACAGUGAAAAAUGGACAUAGACGGUCGGGACUUUUUGAACACUCCACCUAUUAAGACUGUCAGGUUUGGAGGCAGUGUUGCGGAAACGUUAGCUAAACAUAAACAGGGAGACCCCGGUGACUAUGAAUUGCUGAAACAUCAGCUGGCUGAUCCUGAGAUAAAGGAUUCUCAGAUCGUCAGCUGGCUACAAGAAUUUAGGGGUUGUGUGACCCAGCUCACCAAGGACCAUGAACAGCUCAUCUACUCUGUCUUGAGGCUACCGUGGGUAGGCAGAAGCCAGGCUGUGGUGGAAGAGUACAUGGCCUUCCUCAGCAACCUGGUCUCAGCACAAACUGUUUUCCUGUGUUCCUGCCUCAAGAUGGUGGUCUCCUACUUCACUCCCAGGAGAGUGACUAUCCGUGAAGGAGGAGUGGAUAUCUCAGAUUCAGAUGAUGAGGAUGAGAACCUUCCCAGAAACUUCGAUCAGUGUCACCAGGCGUUGCAGCUAAUCACCAGAUACGUCCCAUCCACAAGUCACUUUCUGAUGCCCAUCCUGCAAGAGAAGUUCCCCUUCGUACAGAAAUCCUCCAGAACGCUGGAGUGUUAUGUCCACAACCUCCUGAGGGUGACCGUGUACAUACCGUCAAUUCGACGAGACGUACUGGAGUUGAUCAUUGGAAAGAUGCUCAAACUGGAUGUAAGUGCGUCCCGGUCAGAUAUCGAGGAGGCAGAGGAGAAUGCAAUGCAGGACCAGCGGGCAGAGGAGCGGACUGAGGAGGGACUCUUUGACAUGGAUGAGGACCUGUCAGCAGAUCACCCCUCCAGGAUAGCUGUGACAGCCCACCCAGUGGCUGAGAGGCUGGACGCUCUCAUGGCUGUUCUGAUGGCUUAUGUCAAAGAUGUCUGCCAUGUAGAUGGCUCUCUUCAUGUGGAAAGGACUAAGGAGCUGUACCGUGAUCUGAUGAGUGCGUUUGACAAGCUCAUUCUGCCAACGCAUGCUUCCUGUCAUGUCCAGUACACACUCUUUUACCUCUGCAGCUUCAGACUGGCCUUGGCUGAGGCCUUCCUGGAUCACCUGUGGAAGAUCCUGCAGAGCCCCUCGCAGCCUGCCGUCCUCCGCCAGGCUGCCGCCGGAUACCUGGGGAGUUUCCUGGCCCGAGCCAAGUUCAUCCCUGUGCUCACUGUGCGAGCCUGUCUGGACCUGCUGCUUUCCUGGAUCCACCACUACAUUGACAGCCAGGACAGCAGCGACAGACAGGCCUGCUGUGACAUCAACCUGCACGGGCCCUUCUACACCGCCUGCCAGGCCGUCUUCUACACGCUCAUCUUCAGACACAGAGGCAUGCUGGAGGGCAACAUGAAGAAAGGUCUGGAGUACCUGCAGAGUCUGAACCUGGAGCGGGUGGUGAUGUGUCAGCUGAAUCCCCUCAAAGUCUGCCUACCUUCAGUCACCAGCAUGUUCGCUGCCAUCACCAGGAAGUAUCAGGUGGUGUUCUGCUACACCAUCAUAGAGAGGAACAACCGCUAUGUGCUGCCGGUGAUCCGCAGCUCUGCAGGGGGAGACCGCGUGACCACCAACACCAACCCUCUGGACAGCUUCUUCCCCUUUGACCCCUACCUGCUGAAGAGGUCUGGUCAGCUGAUUGAGCCACUGUUCCAGGUCUGGGAGGAAAUAGCAGACACAGAGCUGCUUCCCACCAAAACAGGCCAACAGGGCUCGAGGGGGGACGAGGAUGACUUCCUGUGUGGAGAGACAACCCAGACCGAGGGCAUCGUGGGAAUGACACCCAGCUCCUACGACUCGAACAUCCGCAGCCCGAGCAGCGUGGGCUCACCCCCCAUCACCUUCCAGAGACCGUUCUAACCCCUCAUCACGGUCUGUCCCGUUCUCACGGUUUUGACACAAACUCACUGCUCUGUGAGUCCAGACGUUUCUGAGGACCAGAUGUCCCUCUGGAAAGAGGGUGGGACAGAGCAGACGGAGAGCUGCCACACAUGGACAGGAAACACAGACUGAAGAACACAUGAGCAGCAGGUCCUGCAGCUCAGGCCAGAGAAUGUGGGGGGGUGGAGACUGUGAUGGUGCUGAUGGUAAAUGCAGUCACAAAAUGUUGUUGCAGCCUAUCAUGAUUUUACAGUUUAAAUUUAAGUUAAUCAGCACAAAGCACAACCUGUUGCUGAUUGUUGCUAGAAUGGAUUUAAUGUGUAAGUCUGUCUUUAAACAAUACUCACAUGUACUCUGACAGCACACUCGCCCUCAGCAGUCUGAGUUAGAUGCAUCAAAUUGGUAUCUUACAAAUUUCUGUCUUGUGUUUCUUCGCUGCGUUGCUUUCAAGGAACUUAAUGAACUGUGGGAGUUUCCUCCUAACAGACCACCUUGGGAAGAAACUCAUGUCUUUCUGAGGCUGCUGAAGCUUCAUGUUAGCCUCGGCUGGUGUGUUUUCACAGAACCAGGACUGUGGAUUUUGUGUGCACUCACUUUGCUGCCAGUACGGACAGUAGAGGGACCAGCAGUGUAUUUUCAGUGCACAUGUGAAUAUUGUCAGACAGACUAUCAUUUAGAACAUGGGGUAUUAUGUUUUCCAAUUCCUUCUAAUAAGUGUUUUAAGUUAGGCUACCUCUUGUAAUUAUUUAUGUUUAUUCUGUGUUCCUCUAUGUUUCUGUGCUGUGCUUCUCUACAACAUCAGGCUCAUGAAUACAUUCAAUCCCUUCUCUUCUGUUUGAUGCAAACAGAAUAACGCAGUCAUUCACUGCAGUUGGAGAUCUCUCCAACUGGAAUAAUCUCGCCAUCAGCACACCUUGUCUGAGAUCAGUCAUGUAGCACAGAAACCCUGAGAGUCUUGUAUUCUGCACCAGACUGUAGGCUGUCCCGGCACACGUUUCUUGUUUUAGGUCAUGUUUCACUACCGUUAGUAGUAGAAAUAAAAUGCAAUGUAAUGUAAUGAAACUGCAAUAAACACCACAUUGAAUCCA